AUGGCUUCCUGUAGCUCCUGCUACAACCCCACCUGUCCCGGCGCGGAGAGCUGCAUGACCCUGUACGCGAUCUCGGAUUUGGUCGUGGCUUACGCGCAGCAGCCCGAGCCGACCCCCACCACUCCACCCAACGCCGCGACCUCCGCUCCUAGCACCCAGAUCCCAACCGAGCAAGCUCCCAUCGACGAAAGCGACGACGAAGAAGAAAACUGGGAAACUAAGCUAACCAUCGAAGCGACUGAAUGCGUUUUCCGUGGCAUCCAUCUCUCUGCGCCGCCCUUCCCGUUUAGACAACGCUGGGAUGCGGAUGCUCGUCAGGAGAUAGGCGAGCGAAAGAACCGGGGCAAGAAGCGCAAGAGAAGGGAGUAUGAAGAAUACGACGACGAGGAGGAUUACGAGUACUAUAAUAAUGAGGCCUUUCAGAGGAUGUACGAUGCCCUCGCUGCUGCUGUUGCUACUGUCACUGCUGCGAAUACCAGUGCUCAUCCGACGAAGCGGCGGAAGAAGGCGAUGAAAAAGAGGAAGCAGGGUCGUGCUGCUGCUGGUGAUGGUGUUGCUGGUCCUGCAGGCAGCUCAGCUUAA